AGGAGAGGAGCAGGGACCCCUGUUCCUGGGCUGGUGCUCCGGUCCUGCAGGGAAGGGCUGGGGCUGCCCACCAGGACAAGGGCUGAUGCUGAGCCCCGGGGACCGCUGGUCGCCCUCAGUGGCUUCUGCUGGGAGAUUUUGGUCGGCGCAGGGCCAUGAGAGGUACAAGGCCUUGUGCCGUUGGGGUGCUCUUGUCUGCUGUGGUUCCCUUUGGGGCAUGUCGCCCCGCUCCUGUUUGCCUUCAGCACAGCCCCUCCUGGGAUGUCACGGGUGUGCUGUGGGGCUGGGGUCAGAGUCCUGCUCCGCUCCGGGUGCCGGGCAUUGCUCCUUCGGGGGGGGGGGGAGUGGACCGUGCAGAGGGGGACCUUGUGGGAGCACAGAGCAUUGCCUCCUUAGCCCAAGGGACAGCCCCUGAAAGCGGGGACACGGCGUGAGCAGGGUUAGGGUCACGACAGUCGCCAUGGGGGAGCGUGCAAAGGGGACAGCCUGGUUCAGGGUGGAUGCAGGGUGGGUUUGGGGUCCGGGGUCGGCGGCAGGGCCGGUGGCAGCAGCGGCAGCCUCGUGCGCAGCGCGGGGGGGCCGCACACAGCUGCACAGGGAUGAGAAUAGCAAGUGCGGCUGGGUAGCUAGGGAACAGUUGCUAUGGGAGCGGGCCGAGGAGGAGUUCUCACACUCGGAGGGGGCAUCUUGGGGUAAAAUCCAGGAAUUUUCUGCAGCCGUAGAAGGAAGGCAGGCAGGGCGGGGGGAUGGGGACUGCCUGGGGAUUGCUGCUCCCGCCGCACUGGCCAGGGAUGUUCGUGCCGCCCUGCCGGCACUGCCUGGGCUGUGGCACCCUGGCACCGAGGUCCUGGGGUCACCAGCGUGUUAGUGGUGUCUGUCAGACGGUCAGCGUGGCUCUGCGGGCAGGGCCGGGGUGUGGGCAGCCUGCCCUGAGCCGUGAGCAGGGCGUGGAAGGGGCUCUGCCUGUCCCCAGCUCCCCCCUGUCCAGCGGUGUCCCAGCCCCGGGCGUUUAGGGGGUGCCUCGUCCCCAUCCCUCUCCUUGCUGGGGGGGGGGGAGCAGCGUGCGGGUGAGCGGGCGCUGGUGUACGGCCAGAGCUGGAAUGGGUGGGUCUGGGCCCCACGGACACGUCAGGCCCUGGGCGAGCUCCGGGUGGGCCCUGGGGGUCCUGGGUCCUGCCCCGAGCCGUGGGGCCGUGGCGGCGGUGCCGGCACACGAUUUUCAGGGGUGAAGGAUGCUCUCAGCUGUUGCCUGGGCAACGGCUCCUCCUCCAGCCCACCAUGUGGCUCGGGGAGCGCUCCCCCGCCUGCCUCCCCCCGCCGCCGUGGGGAAGGGGAAGGCAGCUCCCGGCCCCCGGCGCUGGCGGGGCCGGAGGCCUGGCUCCCCCCCGAUCGCCCUCACCCUGGCCUGACGAUGCCCGUGGGCCCCAGCGUGCCCCCCGCCUCUGCGUUACCCAUGCCCCGAGGGAGCACCCAAGCCCCCCUGCAUGGCCGCAGCCUCCUGCCCGCCGUGGGUGCUGCUCGGGCACCCCCACAACCGUCGAGCCGGCACUGCCGGGCUGCCACGGCUGCGCUGUGAGGUCCGAUCCCGGGAGACAAGUUCCAGCAAGGGCCCCCUCCCCGGCGGCCCCCUCCCAGCGAUGGGCAGCGGGACCCCGCCGGCCCUGUCCCCCCAUCGCCCACCCCGCCGGCCCCCCGCCCCGCCGCCCGCCCAGCGCACCCAGGCCUGACCCACCCGCUCCAGCCCCCCCCGGCUCCAUGGCGAGGACGGACCCCUGACGGCGGGCGCCCGCGGGCCGGAGGAGACGCCGCCGGGCACGGCCCGGGGAGAUGCCCUCGGCGGCCCUGACAGCAUCGGGUCCUGCCCUGGCCCUGCCGCCGCCCUGAGCAUCCCGUCCCCCACCCCGAGGGCAGGGAGAGGCAGGGGCCUCCCCCCGGGGCCGGCAGCCAAGAUGGUGAUGUCCCAGGGCACCUACACCUUCCUCACCUGCUUCGCGGGCUUCUGGCUCAUCUGGGGGCUCAUCGUGCUGCUGUGCUGCUUCUGCAGCUACCUGCGGCGGCGGGUGAAGCGGCAGCAGGAGGAGCGGCUGCGGGAGCAGAGCCUGCGCGCGCUGGAGCUGGAGCCGCUGCACUACGAGGGUUACGGGGGCAGCCCCCCCGGCAUCGCCAUUCCCCACCGCCUCCGCCUCGAGCCCCACCAUCAUCACCCCCACCACAUCCCACCCCCCCGGCCCUGGAGCUGCCGGCACGAGUCAGACCUGUCGAAGCCGCCGUGCUACGAGGAGGCGCUGCUGAUGGCGGAGCCCCCCCCGCCGUACAGCGAGGUGCUGAUGGACACGCGGGGGCUCUACCGCAAAAUCAACGCCCCCUUCCUGAGCCACGAGCGGCUGGAGAAGCAGGAGCAGCCCCCCAGCUACAAACCCCUUUUCCUGGACGCCGGCUACGGUUCGGCACUGCACCUGCCCCGCUCGGCCAGCCCCGGUCCUGCCUGCCCGGACCUCUACCUGCAGGCAGAAUGUUCCCCCCGCAUGUUUCCCAGCUGGACGGACUCGGAGCUCAGCAGCAGGGACACCUACGAGCCGGGACCCUGGCACCUCCCGGUCUCCAUGCCCCUCUUCGGCAGGACUACCGCUGUCUAACGGCGGCCCCGGGGGACCCCCGGACCUCGCCGCGGGUGCCCCUCCGGCACCGGGGGAGGUGGUUUCGGUUGCCCGCGUCACCCUGGGGACGCCCGCUCCAGUGCGGGCCAUCGCCGCCGGCGCGGAAGGGGCUGGUUCCCCAUCUGGCCCCCGCCGGCCCCCCCGUGGCCGGGGGUGCUGGGGACCCGGACUCUGCUCUGUUUCUUAAAUUUUUUGUUUGUUACAGUUUGAGAAUAAAAGUUUGUGGCUCGG